UUCUUUUCGAUAUCUAUGUUAAUAAGUAUCUUCUAAUGUUAUAUUCGAUAUUUCUUUAUCGGAUAUUACGUUUUUUUUAUUUGCCAGUGAUAUCAUCCAUCAUUAUCAUGAUAGAGGAGGACUGGUUAAGGCUAAAGUUAGACACAGAGAGAGAUGUAAUGAUAAAGCGCGCUUGGAUCGCCCGAUUAGUUACAAUUUUUGCCGCUGUUGUAACAAUACCGGCAUAUACUUGUCUUAUUAUUAUACCUUAUUUCCACUCACCACUUAGACAGUUGACAAAUCUCACGGAUCGGAACAAGCCUUUACCUCUGCAAACUUAUUAUGUUUACGACACUGAUAAAAGUCUGCAAUUUGAGGUGACGUUUUUUGCUCAAGCCUUAGCAGUUCUGCUGGCAAUAUGCAUUUACAUUGGGGUAAGUGGAUUUUUGGGAUUUGCGAUUCUUCACAUGGAUGGUCAGUUGGAGAAUUUCAAACAUCAACUAAACAGUUUGACUUCAUGCAAAGAUUUCAAUAAAGCUCUGAGUAGUUGCAUAUUCACUCAUUUACGUCUGAUCAGAUUUGCCAAUAAUGUCGAAAAUACAUUUACACUAAUAUUAUUUGUGAUUGUGAUUACUGACGAAAAUAUGAACACCGCAAUGUUGUCACAAUUAAGUUAUGCGUUAAUAACUGUCAUUUCUCAGCUUAUGCAAAUGUUUAUUUACUGCUUUGGCGGAGAUUUAAUAUCUGCACAAGGCGGAUGA